AUGAGUUCACUGGAGGUCAUCGACUUAUCCAGCGAUGAUGAAAACGGACCAGCAGCUAAUGUCUCAGCUGAUUGCUUUGCACCACAAUGCCGACAGUUCUGGAAGGCUGGACAUUAUGAAGUCGGAAAAGCCUCUAAAGCUAGUUCUCAAGGUCUUUGACGUUCAUUCAUGAUGAUGACCUGCUUUCACAGAUGUCUCUCAUCUCUGAUCUGCGUAAUUGUUACAUUUUCGAUCGAGUUUGACUCAUUAAAUUAACACAUGGCAAUGAUUAUCUUGAAACAGAUGGCAACAAUUAUCUUCGUGUGCAUCCUAAGUUUCUUCAUUCAAAUGCUACUUCUCAUAAGUGGGCCUUUGGUGGUACGAUAAAUUAAUUAUUGAUGCUGGAGAUUCUCCAGUUUUGCCUUCUUAUUGUCAUCAAACCAUGUUGAUUGUUUUGCUGUGCUUUAUAAUCUCUUUCUUGCAGCAAUAGCGGAAUUGCUUGACAAUGCAGUUGAUGAGGUACGAUCCAUUUAAGUUUGCAUGCUGCAUAUGACCCGGGAUGACAGUAUUAUCGUGCGAAUUAUUCUUCUGAAUCACAAAUGCCUUUUCCUUUUUUCUUUUUCGUUUCUAGAUACAAAAUGGUGCAACAUAUGUGAUUGUAGAUACAAUCAAAAACCCGCGGGAUGGAUCUCCUACUUUGCUGAUUCAAGGUACUGUCAAAAACGUUUAUGUUCAACACGAAAAUCGUGAAUCAUUUUUAUAUUGUUUCUCUUGUCCGUUGUUAUGAAAAUUCACUUAAGAGUCUCCCAUGAAUUCAUAAAGAUGAUGGAGGAGGAAUGGAUCCUGAAACCCUGAGACGCUGCAUGAGCUUCGGGUUUUCUGACAAGCAGUCAGAUGCUGCUAUUGGACAGUGUAUUAAUGACAAUCCUCUGCUGGUUCUUCUUCUUGUUUACUCUCUUGCCUUCCUAGCAAGCUUAGUUGAUUUGUUACAUCGUACCCAGAUGGAAAUGGUUUCAAGACCAGCACUAUGCGACUUGGAGCAGAUGUUAUCGUUUUCAGUCGCAGCAUGCGUGGAGGGUUAGUAAGGGAUAUCAAAUUAUCCGUUCUAUCAUCAUUGAUGCUCACGUAUUAUCGCUUUUAGAUUAUAUAGUAACAUUGCUCCAACCGAUUGUUUUCCAAUAUCAGUCAUUUUAAUCUUUUAUGAUGAUGCUUAUGACCACCUGUGAAAGCAAAGGAGAUUAGCAACAGAAUUCAUUAAAAAAAAUAUUAUAUUUGGUUAGCAAUGUUUAUGUUUUGAAUUACUUUUAUGGAGUAUCCAUUUUUUUGCAAAUGAUAUGUAUAGUGAUUUUUGGAGCAGAUGUAAAUGGUCAUUGCAAAUGGUACUCCAUAUCAUUUACUCCAUAUCAUAAAUAGUGCUGCAUAUCAAAAAAUGAAUCCUCCAUAAAUGGUGUCCAGUCAUCGUUGGAGCAGAUGUAAAUGGUGUGAAUGGAUAGGCUGUCUCAGAACCAAUCAAUUUUCCAACCAUGAUUGUCAAUUCUUCUGCUUUAUCUGUCAUCCCUUUAUUCUUUUUCUUCCCUUCUUCUAUCAUCCUCCUAUAAUGCACCUGGUCAUCAAGUGCACCAGAUUGUGCAAGGUUGUCCGGGCCUCCUUAGAACUGCUGUUCAUUUUUUCUGAUGACACAUUCUUUUAUGUUCCUUUUUCACUUGCUUCCAGCGAUACUUUUCUCUGCCCUUCCUCUUAUGGUAGCAGCAGCACUUCAAUUGCACAUGCGAAUUAAUAAAUGGACCUUCACACAGGAAUUUCUCUAAUGUGUUAAAUACUGGUAUUCUUCACAACCACAAGCUUUGCUAUCUUGGUACUUCUGAACUGAAGGUCAUCAAAUGAUGAAAGUGCAAUUCAUUAAUCUUUGUACCAAAAGGUCUUUGAGUUUAUACGAGGGAUUUUUUUUUUCCAUGUCUCAUUUAACUUGUUCUUAUGCCACUGAUUGGGCUGCUUAAUUUUAUUGUUGUUGUCAGGACUUCGACACAGAGCACUGGGCUUCUUUCUUAUACAUUUUUGCAGAAGACACUCUCUGACGACAUAAGAGUUCCUAUUGUGGGUGGAAUGCCAAAAUUUGUAUUGUCUUCAAUAUAUAUUCUGAACUAUUUUUUAGUAUUGUUUAAAACGGUUUUCAUUUUUUAGGUGGAUUAUGAAAUUUUGCCCUCUGGUAAAUUUGGGAGGUUGCUGCACCAUAGUCCAAAACAUUUCGCUUGUAAUUUGUCUAUGCUGAUGAAAUGGUCACCCUUUUCAACAGAAGCUGAACUUCUGAGGCAAGUAAGUCACUAUCUUCUGAAGCAAGCAAGUUUUGGUGUUAAUAUAUAUGUGAGAGGGAACAUUUCAUUCACUUUGUGAGGGGAGAGAGGGAUAGAGCUGUCUUAGGGUAGUGAAUGCAAUAUUCAUGUUUCCUACCAAAAAUCAGACUAGAUACUACUUCAACAUUGUGUAGGAAUAUAAAACAAGGAUAGAUAUUAAGAGUUAUUAGAAAAUCCUACUUUACUCUGUUGGUUAUCUAUGCGUCGAUCUGCCUGCAUGGACAUCCUUCAUGUUAAAUAGAAAUGGUGAGCAGCAUAAUUUAUCCAAAAUAAAAUGUUGAGGGCUUAAGUAGGAUAAUGUUUUUGGCAUGAGCACGUUAUCUUGCCUCCACAAUAAAACGACUUAUGACCAGUAAAAGAUUAUCACUGUAUCACAUGGAAUUGAAAUUCUUAUGCCUCUUAAAUACUAGAAGAUAAGAUAAUUGUGCAAAGCCUUCUCGUAAUUGUCAGUCAAGUUGGUUGAUUCAAGCGUUGCAGCGUAUGAUAGAGCUUCCAAACAAAAGUUUAAUUGUUAAGAUGAUUUUUGUCUGAUUAUAAUCUAGUUAAAUGUAAUUUGAUAUGGGAAAAGGGAGUCUGAUGGACGGAUUAUUUCCGCUUGCUGGUGUCAUGCUCUCAAUGAGGAAAAACAGAUACAGUUUUAAGUCAAUUGAAACUGUUCUUCAUGGCCUGAGUUGAUCUUCUGAUAACUCUGGAAGAGGACUUGGGUUUAUCUAGUGUUAGGCCAGACUAUAAGGAGGUGCCAAAUUUUUAAUUAUUUAAUCCAAAAAAAUAGUGUAGACCAACACCUUGGUGAUUACCAAACGUAGGCAAUAAUGGCAGAAAAAUGCUCAUGUAGACCGACCCUCCUUUUGUUGAAAUUCGGCCCUGGGAAGGGUGCAACCACUGCAGCCAGAAAUACCUCAAUGUAGUUUAGUGGGGUGGGGGGCAUCAUUAAGGGAGGCUAUCAGUGGGGUGGACGCUCAGCUCACUGUUGUCUGCUUUGCCCUCUCUCCUGUUAGUUUCUUCCAAGUUGAUGAAGGGAAAGAGGAGCCCCCCCUACAUUAACCCAGACCUAAUGGUGCCUUUUCCAUUGAGAACUGGACGAAGAGGAGGAAUGCUAAAGGAAGAAGGUGUUACGCCAGAAAAUAAAUGUGCAACGUCAGAAAAUAAAUGCUGUCAGCUGAGGUGCUCCGACCCUGCAAUUACUGCACACGCACCCAGGGAAGACUAAGGGGUCUGUCAGGGGUCUUAAAACCUAUCAUCAUACCCUUGUUGGAUCUUUUCAGACAGUGGAUUCAUCACUGGAAUUAGGAAACGGCGGGACUACUGAUGAUUUCCAAUUGGGAUUAAGACACCAACCCAGAGUAUGAGGGGGCUGACAACAGAGAAAUGCUUAUAUAGAAGAGAUCCCAUCAUUGGGUUCCCAUCAGUGAUUGCCAUUUCUUCAAACUGGAAGUCAACAUUUGCAGACUAGCAUUUACGAAGGGACCUCACAUGAGAAUUUAUGGAGAUAGUGUAUGUGAGCUCUGGGAGUGGAACCUUGCUCACCGUUGGUAGUGUCAAAAGUACCGUUUUCACAUUACCCUUCUAAUCCAGCUCUGAUAUAUUCUUGCCCAUUUUUAACUUUUAUCCAUACUCUUUGUUUGCACUUUAUGACGUGUACUUUUGAAGGCUAGAGACUCCAUUGUUAAUUAUGGACAAGAAUCUGUUUCUGAGAUAAAGUGGGACAUGCUAGGUUGAGAGCUCGCUAGAAAAGGAUUACGCCAGCUAUGCAUGAAUUUAUCAUAUCUUCCUGACAGGUUAUAAAGUAGAGACCCCUCGAUAAGUAUGGCUUUUUUUGGUUUCUGUAAAGAAUAGUAACACAAGUCAGAGAUGUUCAAAGUCUAAACGCCACGAUGAAUUCUCUAUUUAGAGAAACAAAUAAAUUUCGUAAUUUCAAUUAAAUCGUGGAAACACACAUAUGUGAUGUCGUUUAAGUGAAAAAGAGAAGUUUGAUAUUUAUAAUCAUGUUGUUUGUCAAGUCAGACACCAUACUACAGUAGCACAAAUUUGUGUCUAUGAAGUCAACAAGAAAAAAUGUGUUUUAUCUUUUUGUUGUACUUGGCCCUUUUUUAAGUUCCAUACUGCCAAGGAGCCAGUACUUCUUGCAGAUAUAUUAGUCUGCGAGGUUGAAAGAUCCCUGUAUUCCAUAGUAGAAAGUUGUAGUUCUAAACUUGUGCCGUUUGAUUUUUUUUUUUUGCACGGACUCUGACUAACUUCCAUACUAAUUCCACGACUAUCUUAUUCUUCAAAACUUUACAUUUACCCGUGCUUUGAAUUUAAUGAGCAGUUUGAUAACAUAGGACAUCAUGGCACCAAAAUAAUCAUUUAUAACCUUUGGUUCAAUGAUGAUGGAGAGAUGGAGCUCAACUUUGAAUCUGAUUCAUCAGUAAGUAUUAUUAUUAAUACAUAUUUACUCUAUGUCAGCAUCUGUUGUUGUUCUGAUCAAAUCCUUGUGCUUGCUUGUAGGAUAUUAUGAUAAGUGGUGCACAAAAGAUAGUUGAAAAAGGUCUCAUGAGUAACAUGAUGACUAAAAUGCAUAUUGCCAACCUUCUCCGGUAUUCCCUUAGAGUGAGUAAUGGGCAUGCAUUCAAGUUUAUUUUGCCUUAGCUCUCCUUCGUAAUUAAUUUUCUCUUUUUUUUUUAAUCUUUACAGGUCUACUCAUCCAUUUUAUAUCUCCAUAUUCCUAACCACUUUCAUAUAAUUUUACGUGGUAAAGUAGUUGAGCCUCAUCAUCUUGCCAGAGAUCUGAAAUAUGUUGAAUGUAUUAAGUAUCAACCACAAGGAAUGGAAAUUACAGAGGUUUGUGUUGCUUGUCAAAUAACUUUUUCUUUUAGCCUUUUAAUAUUCAUUUUUCCGUUCCCUGUCAUGUUAAAGGUACAAGACAUUAUAUUCACCAACUCUUAAGGAACGUAGCCCUUAGUAUAUGCUCUGCAAAAAUGCUUUGCAGUGUUGAAUGGUGAACACAAUGUUGUAACCUUUUGCUUAUUUUGUAAAAUUGCUUCAUAGUCACGUGCACUUGGAACGUCCACUGUUUUAUUCGCACUAUACCUUUAAUCCGCUGUUUCUGCACAUGACAAUUAGGAAAAUUUAUGCGGGCUUUGGGUUCUGGAGGGAUACAAGCAGGGAGUGUAGCUUUGAAACCAGUAAUUCCUUCUCUAAAAUUAGCAGUAAGCUAAAAACAACGGAUCAAUGAUUUCUCAUCUCCUAUUUGGUGCGAUUGUUAUAUAAUAAUUAUGGUAUUGCAUUUUGAAGUUAUAAAGUCAUAUAAAAGAUGAUGUUGAAAAGUCAUAUAAAAGAUGGUGUUGAACAAUAGCGUUAGGGAUGCGUAGUUAUUUUAAUAUUCUAGUGUUGUGUUUUAUCUCCACUUGAUCCAGGGAAGUAUAAUUUAUAGCCGUUGAUCUUGAUUUCAUAAAUUCAUGAUAUUAUGAUCCUUGCAUGAUGACCUUAAACAUUUAGGUUGUCCUGGCAGUCUUUUAUGCAAUCUGGAUUCACUAAACUAAUAUCUUGAACUCUCGAUCCUGUUGAUUAUGAUAUAUGGGGUAGUGCAGCUUUAACUUACUAAUCCUACAAUAUAUACAUGAAAUAUAUUGAGUUCAGUCUUCAUGAAUCUUAUUUUUGGCAUAUUAUUCAGCAUUCAUGGCAGAAGUCAUCUUGCCGUAUCUCUCAAGUUGUCUUUAGAAGGUUCUGAUGUUAAUUAAACAUCCUGUCCUGCAUAAAGCUUCUGCAUAUAACUCUUCCUAGUUAAGUGCUUUUCCUUUCCGAGUAAUAAUAACUUUUACAGCGGGAUUUAUUUUUGUUUCUUGUAUGUCUUUUUUCAUUUUGGGUCUGUACUUCAUGAGAGAUAAAUUGAGAAUUGGCGUAUCUGUUAGUUUUUUCCUAUAUUAAUUGAUUUUUUCUCCCGAUACUCUUCCCAAUCGACUGAUUGAAAUGGUGGCUGAAAAAUGUCUCAGAGACUUCAGCCUCUGUUGAACAAGUUUUAUGUUGCUACCUGAGCUUGAACAUUAUUCAUUGUUGUCGGAAUUUAGUAAGGAGAGGAAUACAUAUUUGUUGAGAACUGGACUAUCAUUUCCACUUUUCCAUAUUUGGAUGCUGGCCCAAUCUUGGAAAACAAGAAGCUAUCUACUCCUGAGAUAAAUCUUCUCAAAUGUGAUUCAUCCCAAUUCAUUUCUCCUCUUUUUGAAUCAUUAUAUCUUUAAUAUCUUGAUUUAAACAUUUUCUACUGGCUUUUCUUUUUGUUCAUAUCUCUUGAUGAAUUUUAAAUUCUUUUUCUGACAUCCGAUAUUAAUCAUCUAUUUUGUAUUGACCGCCUGAUUUCGUGACUUAGGGCACGUGCAUUGUCACAAUUGGGUUUUUGAAUGGCUCUCCGGAUGUAAAUAUCCAUGGCUUCAAUAUUUAUAACAAAAACCGUCUGAUAUUGGUAAGCUUGCCAUGCGUGUUCUCUUAUAUCUUUCCUUUUUUGUGCUUAAAUGGCUGCUGAUUCUCGUUAGCGGUUAUACGCUUUUGCCAUGUUAUCAAGGACUACUUUCUUUUGAUGCUUGUAUCUGUCGUGCAAGUUGCUGAAUCUUUUAGCACGUAAUUCUCGUUGCUUUUUUUAUGAUCCUUCACUUUGAUGAUACGUGAACUCGUUUAAACUCUUCGCUCUAUAAGCUAUCUUCAUUUCUGGGUGUUGUUUGUAGUUUUAUUGAUUGUGAUGGUAAAUGCGGUUGAGAAAUCCAGUCAUUGCUUUAAUCUGGAAUACUGAUGUUUCUCAAAGAUGCAAGUGACUCUUUUCAGUUUUAUUCUUUUGGUAUUUAGGAAUUUCAAUUUGUGGCAGCCCUCGGAUUUACAGACGAUAAUUACUUUUAAUUUGAUCAUGGAUACGGGGUUCUUUUAAUGCGACUCCCUGAUAAGUUGAACUUUGUAUUUCUAAGUUGUCAUAGUUAAUGCAUUAAUCUACUUUUUCCUCUUCAGCAACAUGAUAGAGGGAAGGUGGGAAUCCACUCAGUAGACAAUAUUUUUUUGGGCAGAGUCUGUUGACGUAUCUUGAACAGUGAGGAAGUCUUAUUGGUGGCAGUUGAUGUAUGAUAUAUAUGACACGAUCUUGGUUUCCAAAGAAUUGUUGUGAAGAGCCUCGGAUUGAUUAUUACAUUUAUAGGUUAUCUAGAGUUUUUAAAAGAGGAAAUAUGACAAGUUAGUGUAAACCACAAUAUCCGACGAAAUGUUUAUCCAUCCUAGGACUCUAAAGCUGCAGAUGUUAUUGUCUAACAUUUUAUGUAGAAAUGAUAUUUGAACUUCGAUUCAGGGAGUUGCCUAAUAAACGAGUUCUCUGUUGUAGUGUGAUAGGCCGUCAUUUCCAGAGACUACAGCUAAUAUUUCUAGACGCUAGUUUUAAAUCAUGAUAUGGAGAUGAACCUACUAUACUUGACUGGAGUUGGUAUUUAUCAGAGGGAAGGGUCUCUCUUUUGUCAAGUCAGGGAAAAGGUCUUAGAUGUUGCAAGUAAUAGAUUUUGCAUAUUUCUACAGGCAAUAGUAUGCCAUGAAACUUUUUUUUUGUGAAUAAAUUGAGGUGUCAAGGACACGUUCAGCUUCCCACAUACAAUUGCUUUCUGCAUGCAUCUGUGGAUUGUUCUAGAGGUGUUAAGCUACAGGCUUAGCAUGCUUGUAGUGCCUAUCUUUUCACUGUCCUUUUUUUUCUUUUAAGUAUGGGGAGCUGGGGAUGUACACAUAACUUUUAUUUAUUCAGAUAUUCAAGUCGUUUGUAAUAAUUUUCAUUUUAAUGUAUUUUUAAUAGAAUAGUCCUACUUUGAAAUACUGCUGGAUCCAAUAGGAAUAUACUAGUAGAGUAGUCCUACUUUGAAAGGAGCAAGUUAAAUCUUGUGACUCAAUAGAUGGGGUAUCCAUUUUAACAGUUGAUUUGGAAUUGGAUGGUUCGAAUUUUUAACAUGAUGUAAUAGCUCAAAUUUUCAUUCCUAUGUGCUACUUACUAGUGUUAUUCACACGACAAAUCCCGAAAGGUCAGUUUUUCACAUGAGAGGACGUACUCGAAUAGUUUGACAUUGAAAGGGACAAAAUAAAUCCUGUGAAUAUAUAUGUGGGGAUGGUCUAAUAAUCAUUUGAUCUCGAGUUGGAUAGUCAACUCUUGAACAAGAUGCAUCAUCAGAUUGUCAGAUCUUUGUGCAACUAUAUUUCAGUCAUUAUUAGAAAGUCCAGUGUUUUUAAUCAGUUGCAGUCUACUUUGUACUACUGUCUGGACAGCAUACUUCUGAAUGACAAUUAAAGUGAUUUAUGCUUUGGUGUAAGGAGGGUGUCAUUAUUUUUAUGUUGUUGUAUUUCAUUGCUCUUUUCCUCUACAAAAUUGCCGCAGUACUGCCUAGCUUAUGAGAGGGAGAGUCCUUAUAUUCUGUUGACAUUCAGAAUGUUAGGAAGUGUGCAAGUGGUUCUGAUCUUUUUUAGCCACAUAUUGGGUCUUGAGACCUCCUAGAUUUCAUUCAAGAUCAUCUCUUUAUAGUGUCUGGUCAUGCUUUGUUUUUCCUGGCUGUAUGCCACAGAUGUGUUUCUCGGCAGUAAGGACGCAUUCUUAUGGUUUUCCGUUUAAGAAUAGUGGUUGUGUGGAUUACUGUAUCUGACGGAGAGCCUGCAAAACAGCCUGCCCCCCAACUUCGCUUGCUUCUCAGGGCCUGCAAAACUUCUAAACACCAGCAUGAUGCCCUAACAUACCGUGGUAUUUACAUGCUGUGAAAGGUGAUCUCCGUUGCUGAACUCAGACGCCAGUCUUUAGGUGAAGGCACAUUGAAUAUAUGGCUUGUGAAAUUUACUUUUAGAAAUAUACGAUUCAAUAUCACCAAGUGUCAAAUGUUUCUGAUUUGAAUGGUACAAUUAUUAACCAGGAAGAAUUGCGAAUUAUUGCAUUUUUUUCAUAUCAACAAACAAUAAAUUUGUUCUUAAACAUGAUCAGAAUUGUCCGACCGAUUUAUGCACUUUCAUGGGAUAAUCAUCGUUACUUGACUUACAACCUAGUUCCCAUGGUUGAUCAUCCAAGGCUUGUAAUAGACCAAUGCGCUUGUGGAUUCAGUAUAAGCCAAUCUCAAAUUCAAACAUCGAAAGACGGUUGUGAUUCUCAACUGCCAGUUUGUCUUUUCUUAUACUUUGGCUCUUAAAAUCUGAAGCAUCAUAGAAGAAAUAAGGGUUUUAUAAGUUUUGUUUUAUAAUUCUUUAAUAUAGCUCUGUUUUAAGAUAGUUAUGUAGCGUGUAAAAGGGUACUUUUUUUUAAUCAGAAAGACAAUAUAGUACAUUUUUCUUUCUUUUCUUGGCAGCCCUUCUGGCGUGUUGUCAGUAAAACUAACGGCACGGGUAGAGGUGUCUCUGGUGAGCUCAAGUCACCUUUUCUGCUCUGUAUGUGAUCAAAAUUUAACCAUUUAUGAUUCCCUUGUUUAUUCCGAUACUUUUCAACAAUGUGAUAAUUCUUAGGUGUUGUGGAAACAAACUUCAUCAAGCCUACUCAUGACAAGCAGGACUUUGAGAAGUCAACACUUUAUCAUAGGCUGGAGGGGCGCUUGAAGCAAAUGACGCUGGAGUACUGGUAAACAGCAGCGUUUGGAAGAAAACACAUUUUAGCUGUGUGAAUUAUUGUUGUUUGAUAUGCUCACUUUGCACUGAUCUCAGUACACAUUUUAAAUGGUUGUUUGUGAUUUUUAUUUAUGAUUUAGAAAAAUAAAUCCUGUUGAGCCUACUUGUCAAUCUGUCAAAAUAUAGUUAAGCACAAAUCACAGUGUUAAAAUUUUCAGCUGUUAUUUCCCUUCAGAAAAAAUGUAGAACAAAUCUUUGUAAAAAAUGCCUUCUGGCGUAACUUCCCUAUCAUGUUUAAAUGUGUUACAAUUUCAUGUAUGAGUGUGAGUCGAUGGAUAUGAUAAUAUCAUUUUUGUUUGUUUUCUUUCCUUUUAAUGUAAGUGAUUUGCAUUUUACUAAUAACCGUCUUAUUCAAUAGUAAUCUGAUGUCUGUAACGUGAUGCAAAUCCUUUAUUGACCUACUUGGAGGAAAUUCAAUAGUAUCCCUCCUUCAGUGGUAUGGGCAGUUCUCUAAAAGUCGCACUCUGCAUUCGCGUAGGACAGGACAUAACAUUUAAAACUUCUACUCAAAUCACUAAAAUUCAGGUGUUGCUCCUGAACUUCUUGGCAUAGGUUUUUUCGGGAAAAAGAUGUCACUAAUCUCAUCAAUUUCUGGUCUUGGUAGCCCCCAUGUGACAUUUAAUGUAUUCAUGAUAAAUCUUUAUUUACAACUUCUUUGUGUGGAAGUUCGAUUUGCUGCUUUGUAGACAUGUUUGUAAGGUAAUAACUUAUCUUUUCCUUCUUUUUAAAUAUUUCAUGCUACAAAAAGUUCAUUGUUUUUUAGAAGCCGCUGCCUGGCAGAAUUUUCACACGCCUAUAGCAUGAACUUCGCCGGAGACACUAGGUGGGAUGCCCAAGUUGCUCAUCCUUGGCUCAUGUGAUGUCUUCUGCAUCCCGUACAUAGUGUGUCACAUUCUUCCUGAGAAAUAUCGACGACCAUUUGGAACAGCAUCAAGCUAUUUCUUAAUAAAACUUAGAAUUUUCUUCUUAUAUUUUUUGCCAUUAGUCGUGUUUCAAAAACGGCUAUGCAGGGAAAGAAAAUAUCCCCCAACUUCUUUAGUGGAUGAACAAAGAAGCGUUGUCCAAGUUUUUCUCAUGGCUUUAGUAUUUUACGAUUUUGGUGCAUCGCUGACAUGGUUGAAUAUAUUUUUACUGCAUUAGGCAUUGCUGAAAGGCGGUAGUUCAUCUGGCUUAAGAAUAUUUAAUACUGUGUUUUUCUUUUUUGAAAGUUAAUAAGGGUAGAGGUACCUCUGGAAUUGCAUACCAUGUUAAGAAAAACACCGGUGGUUUGCUAAAAUUUUCGGAAUCACACUGAUGAAAAAUGAAAUUGCAAGAAGGAGAGAUGCACGAUAGAUUUGUGAUUACUUUCUUUCCUCCUUAAGAAUUGAACUUCAUUUAUUUGAUUGCAUCAAACCAUCCCCUCCUAACGUUGCAAAUUUGAACAUUUAUAUCUCUAGAAACAUUCAUUAUUUAUCCAUGGAGACUAUCUUGCUUAUUUAGACUUCGAAUUUGCAGAAAGUAUUUAGUAGCCAGUAUACUACCCUGUAUAGCUCUAUUUUCGGUAAUGUUCUCACUAGCCUUGGAAACUAAUUGAUAUUGAUGAAUAACUACUGGACUCGAAUUGGGCAAGUGAAUAUUCCAGUCAUUCGAAUUGCAGUAUCUCGUAUCCUGAAAGAACACUGAACGGUCUAAUAAAUUUUGGUUGACUCCAUGGGUAGUACAUUUUACUUUCUUAUUUUUUGUGUUUGUCGUUGAAGAUGAAACGCAUUUCAAUAUAAUUGAGUGAACUAGUAGUGUUGGAACGCUUACAGUGAAGGGAGCUGGCUGUGCUGGACAACAGUUUCAAAGGUAACAUUUUAUUUCUAAUUGACAGGAAUUACCACUGCCACCUUGUUGGAUACGCGCCCAAAAUGGUGCCCCGUCAGUCACCCCAUUCUGGGUUGCAUAACAGCGUGGAAUAUGCUUCACUGGGCUGUGGUUCUUCUUUCCAACCUCAUCUGGGGAGCCAGGCCAGCACUCUGAGCACUGUCCUUGAUUGUAGUCCACUAGAUUCCUCUAAUAAUUCAGCACGUGAAGUAACAUUCCCUAGUGAUCUUGAGAAGACAGUUAGCAGGCCCUCUGUUUCCUUAUCACAGCAAGAGGCGGUGACAGCACUGGAUUCUCGUGCACAUACUAUUCAGAGUCAAUUUACCAAUAGAAUAACUUUUCAUUCCAGGGCAGGUGCGUGUUUGUUUGUUCAAGAAUCUGUCGAAUUCUUUUUCUGAACAGAUAUUGAUUGCUAUAGCAUAUAGCUAAUCAACGACAAAAAGCCGUUCCGGAGAAAAGGAGUCACGGGAAUCGUGCUGCAGAAGUAGAAUCAUCAAAAAAGCAGGCCAUGGAUGGUGUAACUGCAGUUGCCUCUGCGAACAACUGCAUUACAAAGGUCUUCAGUUCUUUCCAACUUUCUGUCUUUAUGAGCUAAAUUUAUAUUAAUCUUCCACGAUAGUUGAUCAUGAAUUAUAAUAACUAUAGCUAUUUCAGAUAUUUCUCGUUUAGACAUGUCUUAUUUAUUUCGGUCCAAACUGCAAUUACAAUUGCUCUUGUUUUCCUUUUUGUGGUAGGCUCCCUUCUGUGUGAAGUUUUCAAACUACUGAAUGAAAGAGCAUUUUAGGCAACCCAUAGGAAGAUUUGCAUGAACUUGUGUGAAGUAGAAGACCGCAUAACAGUAUUUUUACGUCUUAGAUAUUAAGGACGACUCCCUCUCCUUCACUUCAUUCAUCGUUCAUCAGAAUCAUCCUCAAAAAUAUCACGUAUAAGUAUUGAUUCAGUUAUAAUGUCUUCUGAGCACCAUAGUCCACGAAUGAAGGUUGCCAUUCUUUUUUUUCAGUUGCUAUAAAUCGGCACUUCAAAUAGAGGUCAGUUUGUAAAGUGAUCUUCCCUAACAGGUGUUUUGGGCAAAGGAAGUACCUUGCUUGGGAACCAAUUUUUGGCUCCGAUUUCUGGCUAACCCUGGAGGGAAGGGAAAUUUGUCUGAUAAAAAGCCUAGUAGAAACUUUAAAUUGAGAGAAAUCUAAUAAAUAAAUGGUUAUAUGUUAUGAUAUCCUAUGGAUGCAGUAUAUACGCCCAUUUCCUAUUCUUAUAGAAAUGAGACAUAAAAACUAGAGAUCCUUUUUCUAGAAGUAUGAUGUCAAAACUUCAAUACAAGGAGCGAUCAGUAAAUUCACCAAACCCCGACCCUCUGGUCUGAAGUGAACCAGUGGCCAACUACCGACUGCUACCAGAAUUGCAUUGUUUACACUAGCAAGAAUGCACCAGAAAUCCCUACUGUAAAUUAGCCAAAUUUUGAAGCUUACUUUGAAACUUCAUUUCAAAUAUGUUGGCUAGUAGAAAGUAUUGGUUGAAAGAAGAGUUGUGCAAGGAGCGAGGGGCAAGCAGUUAGAAAACUUAUUGCAUACACGAAUAUGUUGAUUUGAGAUGAGAACCAACCACACAAGGCACAAAAUUUACAAUAGUUUGGUCAAGCCUCAGAUACUCCAUUCCACAAGCAAUUUUCGAGAAUUCCACUUAAUCAAUGUGUUAACCAAUAUUUGGGAUCAAUAGCCAAGUCUUCCUGGAAGCUUUCAGAGGGAGUCUUGGAGCACUAGGUUCACAACUUGAAUGUUUAGAAUAAACAGUUCAGAGGCCCAGAGUAGGCAUUGGAGGUUAGGGUCUUCAUUUUUUCAAAUAAUAGCUUGUAUGGUGUUCCAAAAAUGGUCCGAUUGAUCACAUAGCCACAUACAUAAAUUGGCAGACAUCUCUGAGCAUGACUAGCCGGCAUAACUUACGAGAACAAUAACGAGUUAACCUGGGUAAUAUGGUCAUUCGAAUUGAAAGAAAAGAAAUUUGAUCGGACGGAACUGAAUGACUUGUGAUGGACUGAGUCGACUCAUUCCAAAAUGCAUGAAAAGGGGAAGUUAAUUUGCUACAAAAGGUGAAAAACUGCAUGCACCAAGUGGGUGACCUAUUCUAGUGAGAGAGACUAUGCAGGUUACAAACAAGUUGACUAGUCCACAGAGAGGGGUCUUCCUAGCUGCGGUUUGGCAUCUAGGCUCACAGUCAGAUGGAUCUUACUUAAGAAGUUAGGUAGUCCUCUAUGAUACAAUUUAUUUUAGCUUUUUGUCAUCUUCAGCAUACCUGAUAGUCAACCCUUAGUCGACCUUGCUUUCUUGUUGUUGACCCCUUCAGCGGCAUGAUUGACCAUGACGCAUAAAGGCUUCUACCCUUAUUUUAAGUGAUCUUUUUUCAUCUUCUGUGAAGGGUUGACCUGGAACAUUUGGGGUUUCAUUAGAAUCAAAUGUGUGGCCAAGUGCACAGUCUAGGGCAUUCGAUGGCUGCAAAUAUAGACAUUCAAGGGCAUGAGCCAUCCGUGGAAAUGGAUCUCAUGUAAAUAUCUAGCCCCAGCAGGAGUAAAUCCAUGCCCGCAUGCACAAUGAUGCAAAACCAGGGUCCUAGAGAAGGUAUCCGUGUUCCAAAACCGAAAUAACAUAAUGAUGCCAUAUCUCCCAACCUGAAGAGGGUAUAAGCGAAAACAAUUGGGAAAAGAGGGGAGGAGAAGGAUCUAAUUAUGGUAAGGAUAUUUCCUAUAAACAGCAUAUUCAGGUAGUAUAUGUCAGAAAUCCAUUCUUCUGAUUCUGAAUGGAGGUGAAAGAGGAGCAAGAGAGGCCAGUACAUAGGCAGGGGUUAAAGGUAUUUUUUUUUGCUAUUGACCUGCCCUUGUAUCAGGCAGAUUUCCCAUCUUUUCCUAUGCUUUAUUAGCUCGCAUCUGAAGACUAAAAUCAUUUUUACUUUUAUACAGUUUAUGCUUAGAGUAACGUGAAUUCUGCUAAAAAAAGCACAAAAAUCUAUCAAAUUCAGGCUGUCGUACUUUAUUCUCGGUUAGAAUUUGAAACACAUUUCUACGUGUUUGUUGCAGAUCGAGCGAAGUGUCGGGGUGGAGCAGCAGAAGCGGGAGAUCAUGAUAAUGACUGAGAAGAAUAAGAACCUGCGUGCUGAGUGAGUGGAAGAGCAUUCUUUUUCCCCUUACCCAGUAAUUUUACUUUUUAGUGUUCCUCCAUCCAUGAUUUCAAGCUCGGAGAAGCAAUGUAAUGUAGUACAGAGUAAUUAAACCCCUUGGAACUUGCUUUGAUGGUGGUUGCAUGCUUGAUAUGAAAGAAGAGUGUAAUCCCGGCUGAUUGGGUUUUCUGCCUUGGCAUUCCUCAGGUGCUCGCAGUAUGAGAAGGCAGAGAAAGAGCUUCUAUUGAAGGUCCUUUACUCCUCUCGUUACCUUUCUCUCUCUACUGUGUCCCCCCAUCCCCCUUCCUAUCUUUCCCUUGAAAUCAUACGAAUUUGCCUGUGUUAUUGUGAAUCCUUCACCUCUCCAUCCCUUGAAAUCAUAUGAAAAAUGCUUGGUUGGUAGAUUGCGUUAAUAUGAGGCCUUUUCCUUCAUCCCUUUCUGUCACCUACUUCAACCCCCUGCAAUCCACGUGAACCCUCCAUCUUUGAAUCAUUUUUUCACCCGGAGCCAAUGAGUUAGAAACAUUUAAGAGCAAGGUUCAAGCUAUAGACUCCUCCAUGUGAGCUAUUCCUUUCUAGAUGAACCAUUCAACCUUUUUCAAUCUCUUCUCUUGCAGGUUGAACAGCUUCGAAGCGAGAUCAGAGAGGCUAGGCAGCUCCGUGACAGACUCCUUGAUGAUUUGAAUUCCCUUGGGAAGAUUAAGAUAGAGAUAAAAUAA